UUUGGAAGGUACACGCGACUAGAACGCCACAGACGCCAGGUUUCUUCAGGACGAUAGAGACGGGAGUAACCGAGGACAUGGCGGUGUCAAGCCGGUCCGCUUCGGCCUUGCCGGGCUGCAUGUUUCUAGUACUUCUGCUACUACAAGAUGCACGUGGCCAAACGACCCCCCGGGUGACGUCGAUCAGCCCUGACCGCGGCAGUUGGGCAGGGCAGACUCAAGUCUGGAUCUUUGGGGAAGGAUUUUCUGCAAACCAGUUUAACCCCAGUUGGGAUGCAGGGAACACGGAUAAGGGGAACAAAGUGCGACUGGAGCACGACUCGGGGACGUUCUCCCUGGACUGUCCAGUGGAGAAAGACAACUCCAACGAGCAUCAGAUCGUCUGUAGGACCCCCCCUGUGGAGGACAAUGGACUAUACUACGUCCGGGUCACGGUGGACGGUGUGGACAUACCUCCCGAAAGGCACUGCCAUAUGUGUCGUUUUCUGUACCGAGAAGAUAUGACGCCAAGAAUUUCAUCUGUAACACCGACCUCCGUACUCCCUGGAAGUUUCAUAACCGUAUAUGGCAAAAUCUUUACCACCAAAUACGGUAGCAACUUAGCUGAGAGUACUAAUGGACGGACUUGUGGCUUGACAAGGGUCUACGUUGGUGGGCAGAAAUGCGAGCUAAGAGAUUUCGAAAACGACGAAAUGUAUGGUAUCCAGUUAGACAACGAUGGGUCUGGAGAUACCGGCUGGUUCACCUGUAAACUGGAGGGGACAUACGUAGGCAACGUCAACGUCAGUUUUAUUGUUGAUCAAGCCUGGGGGAGGUCGUUGGCUAAUACUGGCUCCAGGUGGCUGAGUGGGGUUCCAGCGGCUCAACAGAGUUCGGGGGAAAUGAAUCUGGCCAUGCUCCAAACAUUCGCCGAGGUUCUCGGAGUCAGCCCGGCCACAGGCAGUCUUGCCGGCGGCACACGGCUCACCAUCACCGGCAGGUUCUUUGACGACACCGACGCCCCACCCGAGGUCUAUGUUGGAGGUACACCAUGUGCUGUACAGAGUAUGACAGACACCACCAUCGAGUGUAUCACACAGGCUGCUCCGGAUCUGUCCUCUCCCUCAUGGCCGGGGAACCGCGGAAUUGAAUUUGCGCAGUGGAACGACACCCAUGGGGGACCGGCCAACAUUGACGCUGUGUUGGAAUAUGACUCCUCAAUGAGUGACUACUGGCCCGUGCCGAUCUCCGGGUUUCAAUAUAACAAACCUGCCCCUAUCAAUUAUUUUGUGGGCGCAGCGAAGGGCUAUUUUGUAGCACCAGAGGACGACUGGUACCAGUUCUACCUCCGUGGUGACGAUCACGCCCGGCUGUGGAUGAGUCAGGACGCGAACAAGGAUAACAAAGCGAUAGUGGCGUCGGUCAUUGGAUAUAAUGGAAACUGGUUUCAGGACGAUGAUCAGAAGAGCGAUAAGAUGUGGCUGGAGGGAGGGAAAAGCUACUACAUGGAGUUGGCGUUCAUAGAGGACACAGGAGACGGGUACUUUGGAGUAGCCAUGAAAAAGUUUAACACACCGUACACGUCACAACAGACUCCUUCUGCAAAGAUGACGCAGCAGGAGGUGGAAUUAACCGUGACAAUUCGCGAAGAAGUGCAGAGAGUGACGCUGAGUGACUGGGCCACAGACACAGCAGUAAAACAGGUUCAGACCAUCACCUUUGCCGGUACAUUCUUCCAGUACAAACUGGGGUUGGGUGGCGCUUCCACAGGUGUGCUGUACAGCACAAGUGAUCCGAAUGCCGUGGGAUCGGCCCUGAGCGGCCUGGUGACAAUCUAUCCCGAGAUAGUCGAGGUCACCAGGACUGACACAGCUGACGGAUUCGAGCUUGCUGUGGAGUUCCUAUCUACCAGAGGAAACUUCCCCCUGAUUGAAGUGGAGAUCUCCGGAGGUAACGCCACAGUUGCCGUCACUACGGAGGGGAUACCAUCGCUUGACACCUUUACAUUAGAGGUGGAUGGCGUACCAUCUGAUCCCAUCGCCUUCGAUGCCAGUGCAAACGAUGUGAAAACUGCACUGCUGUCCAUGUUUGGAACCCGGUGUCCCAGCGAAAUCGUGAACCCGAAUAAUGCUAUCACAGCUUACUACGAGGACUACGAAAACCGAGUUACUGAUGGAGAAGCGUUCUGUGGCUUGGGGGCAUCGAGUAAUGUCUUUCUCUACUCCUCGAGCGCAGGUGAACCGCUCCGUAUGGAUAUGUAUCCGAAGACGUGCUUUGCAUACAGGGGGUCUUCAGGUCUGAGUGACAAAAUCAGGAUCAAAUUCUUCUACACAGACAGCAGUGGCGAAGAGCAUCUAGGGGCUGGUGAUUACACUGUGGGUCUAAUAGGCGACUUGACGUGGCGCUACACCUGUAUAGACCUUUACAGUAUAGUGAAUGAGGAUCAGGCACCUCGGGGACGUAGAAACUUCAAGAUGAGAGAGUUCCGCACGCUGGGGAGCACAAGUCAGCUGUACAUUGACGAGGUCUUCAUCGGGAGAACCUACACGGUGGACAACACAGAAGACAUUAUCGAGAACAGAGUUCCUGGAGCCAGGCCAGACGGAAUCAUCAUCAAGGACUUGGAGGUGGUGGAAGUUGCUGGAGAAGAGUCAAGCUACGACAUCACAUUUGAAGCGGUCGUCAGUGCGUACGGGUUCCCGCUGCUGGGGGUCAGCGCUGCACAGGUCUCGACAGUAACUUCCAACAGCACAGCAUACACUUACCCUUCGUACAGUGACACCCCACGUCCAGGGGUGACGAUAGAGCGGAUCAGUGAGGCUUCGCAACCCAUUGGGGGGACAUUUGCCGCCACGUUUAAAGAGAACGAAAUUACGGACAUUCCAUACGAUGUGACAGCUAGCGAUUUCAAGAACCUGUUGGAACAGGUAGGCGACACUGGAGGCGUAUCGGUGAGGCGAACGGACUUAUCAGACGGAUACAAGUGGAUCAUAGACUGGACCACCGUCGGCGGAGACCAACCUCUACUUCAGGUGGACACAGCUGGCGUGACUGGUGAAGACCCUGUAGCGACCGUUAGGAAGACCGGAGAGGGCGGUAUCUUCAUGGUCCUUCCAGACGAAUUUCUCCGAACGGCACACGACAAGCCGCAAGUACAAGUGAUCAUUAACCACGUCCCGUCAUCCUGUGCGGGGGACUGUUCUUUCGAAUGGAAGGCCGAGAGCACUCCUAGUGUAACCGGUGUCACCCCGUCAGAAGGUUCAUUCUUUGCUGGGACCGAAAUUACAAUUUCCGGAAUCGGUUUUCUUCCCAACACCGACGGCAACACGGUCACGAUCGGCGGAGUCGCCUGUGAGAUCACGGCGGCAGCUGAAGACGAGAUCUCGUGUGACGUGCAAGAAAACUCGGGUGGGAGUCACGUGGUCGCCGUGGUGGUUGAUGGGAAGGGCUUGGCUAGCCACCCCACCGAUGGGGAACUUGAGUUCACUUACACGGCUGAAAUUUCGAGUAUCAGUCCAACUGCAGGAAGCCUUGGAGGAACAGUGUUGACCAUCAGCGGUCAUGGGUUUGGAGAAGCCUAUGUUCCGUACGUGGGGGACCAGGAAUGCGUAGAUGCUACCAUCACUUACACUGACAUCACCUGCACCGCUCCCCCUUCUUCUACAGCCGGAGCAGUAUCAGUAACAGUCGACCAGGGCGACAGCGGAAUCCUCACUAGUGGAACAGACUUUGAGUACGACUCCUCUCUGACUCCAACCAUCACAGGACUGAGCUCCUAUGAAGGCACUGUUGACGGAGGAGACGUCAUCGUGAUCUCAGGGACCAAUUUCGGGUCGGAAGCUUCGUCCGAUGACGCUGUGAAAAUAGGAGACGCCACGGCAGAGAUUCUGUCCUACAGCGAUACAGAGGUCACCAUCCGGGUCCCUGCGCAAGGUCCAGGAUCGUAUCCCAUCUCCCUCUCCGUCGAUGGAAACUUUGCCGAUGUUCAGACAAAUAACAUACAAGACAUCACGUAUGCGCUCAAGGUCACCAACGUCUUUCCGCGGUCAGGGUCCUUCCUAGGAGGUACAACAGUCAUCAUCACUGGGGAGGGCUUCAGUACCGACAACACCAGCGUGGCGUUUGGUGACGUCAGCUGUGACGUCACAUCUGCCACCUACACAGAAAUCCAAUGCGUCACUGCCACGUCAGCAAAAGUACACAAGGUCGACAACCUGGGGUCACAUCCAACUUAUGGACGAGGAUACGCUUGGAACCCUGCACUGUUGAACAUAAACGAGGGAGACACUGUGCAAGUGAAGUGGAACACACCCGGUACUGCUGUAGGAGUGGGUUACCUGGUGCAACAGACAGACAGCGCUAGCGAUACGGACUACGAUGGACAGGGAUUUAGAAGUGGGCCUGUAAAAACACCUUCAGGUUCGUUUGAGCACACCUUUACCAGCGAGGGACAGUACUUCUUCUCGAGCGGACCCGUGGACCGGACUGGGAGAGUACACAUGAAGGGGGUCGUCAAUGUGUCCCCACCCACUAGCAAUGUACAAAAGCUACGUCUGUCCGUCAAUGGCUACGAAGCGGAAUACGACGUCAACUCAGGUGUUGCAGACCCGGUAGAUGGUAAUGCAUGUGCAGGUGAGACAAGUCAGAUAUCAGGAUGCACAUCUCCACCCUUUACGACGCCUUCAGGUAAUGAUGAGUUCUACUUCUCAUUCGAUCCUUGUUACACCCCUGAGAUAACCUCCAUCAGCCCAAUAUCAGGAACCAUGGAUGACGUCAUCACCGUCAAUGCGUCAGGACUUGGAUCAGACAGCUGUAUGAACGAGGUGACGGUGGCAGGGUUCCCGUGUACGUGUCAGCUGGACACCGCGGACUCCAUGUCCUGUACCAUCGACCCGCAGGACGCCAUGCCUGUCGCUACGUACAACCUUGUGGAGCUGAAGGUCAACAACAGAGGAAACGCUCUCAACACGCUGCCGACCGUGGAGGAGAGAGGAUACGUCCUCCUGCCAAACAUCGACUCCAUCUCGCCUGAUGUGGGUUCCAUGGUGGGCGGCACCUUACUCACCAUCACGGGGUCCGGUUUCACCUCCUACGGUAUAGAGGCGUCUGAUAUUGACAUCAGGGUCGGCGCGCUGAAAUGCCCCAUCACCGAACACACGUACAACCAGAUCGUCUGCGAAACAGCGCCCAUCAGUCAAAACAAACGGUCGGCUGACAGUGACAUUAAGAGGGACAUCAGUAUCACUAUGUCUACUGGUGGUGGCCCCGUGAACUUCGCCUGCUCGUCCGGAGACUGUUCCUUUACCUACUCCGAGUCAGCCACGCCUACAGUUACAGAUGUUCAGCCUGUUGAAGUGUCGGGAGCCGUCACACAGCUGUCAAUCACCGGAUCCGGAUUUGGCACUGACUCCGCUGACGUUUCCAUUGCUGUUGACGAAGAUGACGUUUUGUGUAACAUCACCACGAUCACCGUUGACUACAUCGAAUGUGACCUUGGGCCUGUGGAGGUCGGGACGAAAUCUUUCUCGGUACACGUACAAGGCAAAGGGAACGCAGAUUCUUCAGUGACGUCGGUAGAAAGUUUGGCCACUAUCGAAGACGUCACUCCAUCGGAGGGCAGCAUCAACGGCGGGAACACGGUAACCAUAACAGGAAAUGGAUUCGUCGCCGGUAACACGGUCGUUCUGAUUGGUGGAGAGCCUUGUGACAUCAUCGAGGUCACACGUCUCGAGAUCAACUGUGAGGCACCUGCUGGAGCUGCACCUGGUGACGUCACAUUGCUCGUGACAUCCGAUGAUGUAGAUUAUCCAGUGCAACAGUACAGCUACUCAACGGACCACACUGCUGAGGCCAUUUCCGUGAUUCCGGCGGCGGGGAAAACGGGAGACACCGUCACCAUUGCCGGAAGUGGAUUCGGUGACGUGGCUGAUGACGUCACGGUGACCAUCAACGAGACAGAAUGCAGCAUCACGACCUUCUCAAGUACGCAAAUUGAGUGCACGGUUGGCCCUCACUCAGCCGGUACCUUUGGGAUCGAAGUCUUUGUAACUGGCAAGGGCUGGGCUACAUCAUCUCUGGUGUUCGACUAUCAGCUGACUGUGACCUCCACCUCUUCCACGGAAGGGAGCUUUGGAGGCGGUCAGGUCUUGACCAUUGACGGGACAGGGUUCGAUUCUGAACUGACCAGUGUCACUGUUUGUGAUCAGACGUGCGAGCCAACAGCCCCGCCCCAACCCGGGCAGCUUACUUGUGAGAUUCCCGCAAAUGACGGUCUGUCCUCUGGAACGUUGGCCUGCGAUGUGGAGGUGUCUGUCGGAGCCGAAAGUGUCCAACAGAACGCCGCAUACACCUACAGGAGCAGCCUGACUCCGACCAUCACCGAGGUGUCCCCCAGGCGAGGUGGAACUGCCGGCGGUACAACGGUCACCAUCACGGGGACGGGCUUCGGAGCGACGACUGCUGACAAUUCUGUGACCAUUGCCGGGAGUGACUGCAUCAUCCAAUCAGCAUCCACCACACAGAUCGUCUGUGUGACAGAAGCUCAUCAAGGAUCGGCUAAAACCAAAGUCAGGGUUGCCGUUGGCGAUCAAGGGAUCGCAACACAGGACAAUGCAGACUACUGGUACAUCGACCGCUGGUCCUCCGUGUUUACGUGGGGAGGGGGGCCUCUUCCAGAGGCAGCAGAUUUCGUCAUCGUUCCGGCGGGACAGACCUUGCUGCUGGACAUGGACACACCGGUCCUGAAGGUGUUGCUGAUAGAAGGUGGUCAGCUGAUUUUUGAUGAGCAGGACUUGGAGCUUCAGGCAGAGUAUGCCCUCAUUACCAACGGGGGACUUCUACAGGUUGGUACAGAGGAGGAGCCGUUCCAACAUAAGGCCAUCAUCACCAUGCACGGUCACGUCAGGUCACCCGAACUGCCACUGUACGGGGCCAAGACGCUGGCUGUGAGGGAAGGCACGCUGGACCUACAUGGUAAGCCCACACCAGUCACCUGGACGUUCCUGGCAGCGAGCGUGUCGCCAGGUGACACCACCUUGACGCUGACUCAGUCCGUCAACUGGGAAGUGGGUGACCAGAUUGUCCUGGCCACUACUGGGCACAGGCAUACUCAGAGGGAAAAUGAGGUAAGGACGAUUUCUUCAGUGUCAGAUGACGGAAGGACAGUGACGAUCACCGAGGGGCUGCAGUACCGGCACAUCUCGGCAGUCACGACGUAUCCUGACGCAGGCGUCACCUUGGAGACCCGUUGUGAAGUCGGCCUGCUGACCCAUAACGUCGUCGUCCGCGGGUCAAAUAAUCCAGAAUGGAACGACAAAAUCGAGGCCUGUGCCGCUGGCUUUGAUACCGGGGAGUUUGCCGUCCAGACCUGUUUCCAGGGACGGUUCGGUGAGGAGAUUGGGAAUGACCAGUUCGGUGUACAGACCAUGAUACAUCCCCGGGUGAUGGACCAAGAAUUGGCCAUAGGCAGAUUCUCCUACGUAGAGUUUUAUUAUUCUGGUCAGGCCUUCCGCCAUGGCAGGUAAGAACCACUUCAAGGUAAGCAAUGUUAGAAACU